AUGGACGACUCUCAACUAAGCGGUCUGGGUGAUGAUGUCCAUUCGCAGUCAUCAACCGAACAUCCUGCGGACAGACCUGGAGCUGCCAAACCGUCUACGAAAAAUGCCAGCAAUACGCAGCCUACAUAUGAAGAUGUAAAACAGCACGAAGAAAACCUGCGCCGUGAACUGGAUAGCGUGCGUCAAGUCAAUCUGGCCAUUGAAGGGGUCAUCCAAAGCCUUUCCAAGGCAAAAGAUAACAUGAGGGUUGUCAAUAACACCGUCGAUGCUGCCUCCACGCUUUUGAAUACAUGGACGCGAAUACUAUCCCAGACCGAACAUAAUCAACGACUUAUUCUCGAUCCAGCGUGGCAAGGAGCUACUCAAGAUAUUGCCGACAUUGAGGAGGAAAUGCUCGAGCAACAACGGGCGGCGGAAAGGCGAGAUGCCGAGGCGCAAGAGAAAAAGCUUGCAGCAGCCAGGCAGGCAGAAGCAGAAGAGAAGCGCAAAGCAGAACUGCAGGCGAAACAAGCAAAAGGACCGUCCAGGGGUGGAAGCAGAAUUGGCAGCACUGGGAGGGGCACCAGAGCACCGUCCUCAGGGUACGUGCCAGUGGGCGGAACAGGCACCAGCAGCAGCGCCAGUUCCGUGAGAAGGGGUACUGGUUCUGUACGAAGAUCAUCAUCUGGCAUUGGGCGGGGUGGUGUUGCUGGGAGAGGCUCCAGGGCCAGAGGCUAG